AUGAAUGAGCAUUUUUCAGUUCCAUUGGAUGGCAUAGAACUGUCUAAUGAUAAUAAUAAUAAUAAUCCAAUUCAUUAUAUGAACUAUGGAAUUGAAACAUUUACAUCGCCCACAUGCUUUGCUUAUACCAUGCAUUUGUUUACAUUGAUCACUGCAAUUCUUGACCAACCAAUAAUUUAUCCUAGAGAUUUUGUUGAAAUUUAUCCCAAGUUAAAACUGUUGGAUAUUUCCACUCGUGAUAUUUCUCAAUCAGAUCGUUGUAUUUGA